GUUUGCCUUUUGAGUAGCUGGGACUACAGGUGUGUACUACCAUGCCUGCUUCAUGUGAAUUUAGUGAGUCUUCUGUUGUUGUUAGGAUGGAUUUAUGUGCUAUACCUGAGAUGUCUCAUGUCUCAUUCAGUUCUUCCAGUAUCCUUAUGAGCAGACAAUGCUGUUAUCUUUGUAUACCAUAGAGAUAUAGAAAUGAAGUGACAUGUCACUUAGAAGUCAUGAGUGGUGGAGCCAGAAUUUGUAUCCUAGAAGUCUGGAUGCAGAGCUGGGACACAAAAAUUUCCUUUUCCUCCUCUGCCCACCCCCCUUUUUUCUCUUACUGAUAUUCUCAUACACUUCUUAGGGAUAGGUCCACAUUAGACAAUCCCUCUGUAAUGCCCCAAAUCUUACCUUAUUUUUGUUUACUCUAAAAAUGAUAGAUGUUUUAAAGUAGCCUUUUCUAAAUCUAAUUACAAAUGUUCAUUGUAGGAAAACUCAAAGUGAUAGUAAAGCUUGGAAAGGAGAAUGAAACCCCUACAUAACUGUGCCGGGCACUGUUAGCCAGCAUCUGACUGCUGUCCUUGGUCUUCCUCAUAGAUAAGGGAGGGUUACAGUUUGGUGGCGGGGGGGAGACCCUGGGAGCAGGUUAACAGCUGUGCAUGCUCUUUUGCAGCUGUCUCGUGUGCCAUUCACGGCUUGCUGCACUUCUCAGGGCUCUUCUGUGAGUUUUUAAAGCACCAGGCCCUAAAUGCAUGACAGGCUGUAGGUAGAGUUCACAUGAAGGGCAGGGGUUCCCCACAUGACUCAUUAGGCGCUGGGAGAUGACAGUGUCUUGUGUUAACACAGAUCCUGGCUUUUGGAGUAAGGCAACAAGCAAGGCAGCCCUUUGCAUCUGUGGCCUGGCAUCCCAGAUCCCCAAUCCCCCGCCACCCGCUGGGUGCCUCUCACCCAGCACCUGCUCUGGGAGCUAUGUGCUGACUCUCCAGCUUCCAGGCACAGACUAUUUUUGGCUCUAGUGACUGUUCACUACGGCCAUGAAAACAGAAACCCCUCUCCCUGCCUCACUCUUCCCCGGGACUCUGCACCGUGGGCGGGGGCUGCCGAGAGCCCUGCGCUUGGGUCCUGCACCAUGCAUUGCCUGUGGAGCUGGGUGACAGCCAAGGCUUCGAGGGACACAGGGUCCCCACGACCCAUCUUGUCAAGAGGGGCCCAAGGCCUAUGCCAACACCCACUGGAGGAGGAGAGUUGCCUUGAGAUCCCCCGAAAUUUCACACUGGACGUUCUGCUGGAGAUGGACGAAGCCAAGGCAAAGGAGACACUGCGGCGCUGGGGGGCCAGUGCAGAGGAGUGUAGCCGCCUGCAGCAAGCCCUCACGUGCCUGCGGAAGGUGACAGGCCUGGGAGGGGAGCACAAGGAGGAUGCAGGCUGGAGCUCCUUGGAUGCUCGGCGUGGAAGUGGCUCGGGGCCAUCUGUGGACACCCUGUCCCCUGCCUGCCUGCCCUGGCCCCCAGGGAGUGCCCAGCUGGGCAGAACGAGCAACAGCACUCAGGGCCCCCGCUCCAUCUCCGUCUCUGCUCUGCCAGCCUCUGACUCCCCAGCCCCGGGCCUCAGUGAGGGCUUCUCAGACACCUGUAUCCCUCUGCACGCCAGUGGCCGGCUGACGCCCCGGGCCCUGCACAGCUUCAUCACGCCCCCCACCACACCCCAGCUGCGACGGCAUGCCAAGCUGAAGCCACCCCGGACGCCCCCGCCACCCAGCCGCAAGGUCUUCCAGCUGCUGCCCGGCUUCCCCACGCUCACCCGCAGCAAGUCCCAUGAGUCCCAGCUUGGGAACCGCAUUGACGAGGUCUCCCCGGUGAGGUUUGAUCUCCAACAUGGAUCCCCACAGAUGGUACGAAGGGACAUUGGACUCUCAGUGACACACAGGUUCUCCACCAAGUCCUGGCUGUCACAGGUGUGCCAUGUGUGCCAGAAGAGCAUGAUGUUUGGAGUGAAGUGCAAGCAUUGCAGAUUUAAAUGUCACAACAAGUGCACAAAGGAAGCACCGGCCUGUAGAAUAUCCUUCCUUCCAUUAGCAAGGCUCCGGAGGACGGAAUCUGUCCCCUCGGAUAUCAACAACCCGGUGGACAGAGCAGCGGAACCCCAUUUUGGAACCCUCCCCAAGGCACUGACAAAGAAGGAGCAUCCUCCAGCCAUGAAUCACCUGGACUCCAGCAGCAACCCAUCCUCUACCACGUCCUCUACACCUUCUUCACCAGCGCCUUUCCCAACCUCAUCAAACCCAUCCAGUGCCACCACUCCCCCCAACCCUUCACCUGGCCAGCGGGACAGCAGGUUCAACUUCCCAGACAUUUCAGCCUUUCCACAAGCAGCCCCUCUCUCCAGCACAGCUGACACUACCCGGCUUGAGGAGCCACCCAAAGCAGAUGGAUUGGAGGUACGUGAAGUGGAGGCUGAGGAGCCAGAAGCUGGCAAGUCAGAAGCAGAAGAUGAUGAGGAUGAAUUAGAUGACCUUCCUAGCUCCCGACGACCCUGGCGGGGUCCCAUCUCUCGCAAGGCCAGUCAGACCAGCGUGUAUCUGCAGGAGUGGGACAUCCCUUUUGAGCAGGUGGAGCUGGGCGAGCCCAUCGGGCAGGGUCGCUGGGGCCGAGUGCACCGGGGCCGCUGGCAUGGUGAGGUGGCCAUUCGCCUGUUGGAGAUGGAUGGCCACAACCAGGAUCACCUGAAGCUGUUCAAGAAGGAGGUGAUGAACUACCGGCAGACGCGGCAUGAGAACGUGGUGCUCUUCAUGGGUGCCUGCAUGAACCCACCCCAGCUGGCCAUCAUCACCAGCUUCUGCAAAGGGCGGACAUUACACUCCUUUGUAAGGGACCCCAAGACAUCUCUGGACAUAAACAAGACAAGGCAGAUCGCUCAGGAGAUCAUCAAGGGCAUGGGCUACCUUCACGCCAAGGGCAUCGUGCACAAAGACCUGAAGUCCAAGAACGUCUUCUACGACAAUGGCAAGGUGGUCAUCACAGACUUCGGGCUGUUUGGGAUCUCGGGUGUGUUCCGAGAGGAGCGGCGAGAGAAUCAACUGAAGCUGUCCCAUGACUGGCUGUGCUACCUGGCCCCUGAAAUUGUGCGAGAGAUGACCCCCGGGAAAGAUGAGGACCAGCUGCCAUUUUCCAAAGCUGCUGACAUCUAUGCAUUUGGGACUGUUUGGUAUGAGCUACAAGCAAGGGAUUGGCCCUUUAAACACCAACCUGCAGAGGCCUUAAUCUGGCAGAUCGGGAGCGGAGAAGGAGUGAAGCGAGUCCUGGCCUCUGUCAGCCUGGGGAAGGAAGUCAGCGAGAUCCUGUCUGCCUGCUGGGCUUUUGACCUGCAGGAGAGACCCAGCUUCAGCCUGCUGAUGGACAUGCUGGAGAAGCUGCCCAAGCUAAACCGGCGGCUAUCCCACCCGGGGCACUUUUGGAAGUCAGCUGAUCGCUGGCGGAGCCGCUACUACGGGAAAGGACGUUACGGUCACCCUGACUUUAAGAACUCCUGUCCGGUUCUGGAGGAAUACAUGAACAGCAGUAAAGGGGUUCCCCGCUUUGAAAGGUUCGGCCUGGGCACCCUGGAGUCCAGUAAUGCAAAGAUGUAGCCGCUGGGCCCCUUGUGCUGCCCACUCCUUUCUUUUCCUCACUGUGUUUCUAAAACACACAAGCUACCACCAUGACAAAACAUAAAAAUACUAAAAGCCACUCUGUCAGCCCAGCACUGCAUACCAGGACAGGAGACUCCAUUCAGGCUGUUCCUUACCAAGAUACAUGGGGCCUGGAGACAGAGCCCUGCCUGCCAUUAAAGAUGGCCCCACACCAACCAGCCCUGUCUCGACCGACAGCCAAUGUUUACAUGAGCAUUUCUGCUGAGCAAACUCAUCGUUUUACAAUAGGUAAUAAUAAACAAUGUGUGCCUACGUGCACUGGCAGCAAGGGAUGGCAGACCAUCCCCAUCUGAAGGACCUUGUCACAGAGAGGGCCUCAGGCUGGGCCCGAAGGAAGAAGAGCAUUGUGACUGUGGCUGCUCCGGGCUGCAGAGCUGGGGACAUGAAGUCUGACCUGGCCUGGGGAAGCCCCCUCUGUGGGACUCUCCCCACGCAGUUCCCUUCUUCUCUCCCAGAGGAGACCCUGGCUAGCAAGAGCUGGAACACAGAGGGCAGGAGUUCCUAGAAGGCUGGAUUCACCUUCUGACCCCUGGAUCACAGAUCCAGGAUGCCCUUGCUGGAAAAGUAAACCCAGAAUUCAAGUGAUGCCUGAAGGCUCCCAGCCAGGGUUUCUACCGCAAGGCAGAGACAUUUGUGGAGUGCUCUCUCAUGAAGCCCCAGUCACCAAAGCAGUGGGACUCAGGGCUUCCUCCCAGGGCCUGGCCCAAGCUGAGCACUAGCCAUGUAGCUGCACACACACUGAGAUGAGAACGGAGAAGAUGGCACAAAGAAACAGAAGUAGGCAGCCAGCAGGUACCUGAGCUCCCGCCAAGCGUCUCAGUGACUUUAGAACCACAUUGUUAGCCAUGCUAUAAUGUUCUAGAACUACUCACCUCUUCUCACUCACCUUAACCCAUCUCUGCUGCUUUAUCUGAGCUCCGAUACAGGCACCCUUUCAUCCAGACCCUCCUAGCAAGCCACCACUCUGCACAGCCUCCGUAGCAGCCUGUGUCCAUGCAAAGCAGCAGGAGGCUGGACUUGAGAGCCAGCUGAAUGUUGGCCUCCGCACCCCCACUAGAAACUGCUGCCCGCAGGCUAGAGUUCCGAAGGGCAGAGGGCCUUAGGUGGAGAUGAGGUUCAGUGGGCUCCACAGCACUAAAGGAGAAAAGUGAUGGGGGGGAGGGGCGGAGAUGUGAUUGGAGUCAGGCCCACAGGUUUGGGGCUCAGAUGGGGGGGGAGGGGAGCAGGGACCAUGAGGCUCCAGCCUCUUUUAGUCCCUAGAAAAGCCCUGGUUUUCAGAGCCUUCCCCACCAGCUGGGGUCCAGAUAUUACUUAGUCCUCGGUUGAGAGAGCCUGUGGAGUUGCCUUUGCGUGCAUGCUCAUGUGCUUGCGCAUACACACAUACACACAGCCUUGGAGAGCGCAGCUUACACAGUGCUGCCUGUGCCCAGGGACGGUGGUAUCUUCUCCCUGAUCUUCACCCUGGUAGGUGUGGGAGGAAGAAGGAGGCACUGCAAGCCAGUGGCCUAUUGUUGGGCCUCAUCCUUUUGGCUCCUCGUCAGCCCUUGCUGUGACCUCCUACCCCCAUACCAAACUUCGUGUGGCUGCCACAUGCCUGAGCUUCCUCAAGGUCCCAGUGCAGCCAGCCGUUUUGUUGUGACCUUGGCCCCUAGGGCUAGAUAGCAGCUGAGCAAGUCAAGGGAACUCAGUUCCUCCCUGAUCCUAGGCUAGAGUGGGGUCACAGAGGGGCUACAGGAAGCGAGUCCAGAUCUAGCUUUGCAUGGCGGUGGUCACAGCCAGCUCCAGCUGAGCCUCUGCAGUGUAUGUGGUCUUGUGCACGUGUUGGGAUCCAGAGAUAGGGGUGGUCACAGUUCCACACUCAGGAGCUGCCUUUCUUUCUAAGGGCCUAGUGUCUGCCAGAAACCUAGGAGCCACUUGGCCCCCAGUUUGGAACUGAGGUGCUAGGGACCCCUCCUCCCAGGCCUAGGCAACAUCUCUAGCUGUCUCCACAACCUCUGCUCUGCCUGUUGUUUAAGGAAGUCCCCCACAAUGCUCCCUUGUCCCUUUUUUAUUUAAGCAACUGUGAAUUGAGGUGCAGAAGGUGUGCUGGGCCUUCGGUGUGCUUUCCUUGCCCACCUCAGAAACACGCGAAGGACAACAGAUACUGUGAAUUCAGUCCCCGUGGCCCAUGGUGAAGGGGAUGGGGAAGGUGGGGG